CGAAGCUUAGGCUUCGUGGAAAAUGGCCGAACAACACGACCAUAACUCCCUUUGAACUAAAUCGUGCCAACAAAGUCAAACUACAAAAAAUGAAGCUUGAUUCCAUACUUCAGUGCUUAAAUUAGUCAUGGUAUUAAUCGUUUUAAAUGCAUUUUUUUUUGCACAGGAUUCUUGACAUGGCGCGACUUUCUGUCAGGAAACUUUUUGGUCUUUGCUUCUGCAUUUCAUCGUUUCUUUUUCUAAUCAUAACUUUUCAGGUCGUAGAGGAGAUGGGCCAGUUUGAACAGACAGCACACACACUCCCCCUUAAGGACACAGACGAGCUAACACACGUGCACUCAAACCGAGACAGUACUCUAUUCAAGAGCCAGUGGUACCCAAGUAUUGUAUGGUGGUCCCCACUGACUGGGGAGCUGGGACACCUCAGAGAAUGUGGGAAUAAUGGGUGCUUUUUCACUAUCAACAAGUCAUACCAUUCUCACCCGUCUACACAAGCCUUCCUGUUUUAUGGUACAGACUUCAACAUUGACAGUCUCCCUCUACCAAGGAAGGAGAACCACCAGUGGGCUCUGUUCCAUGAGGAGUCGCCCAAGAACAACUACAAGCUUUUCCAUGAGCCUGUCAUUACCCUUUUUAACCACACGGCCACCUUCAGCCAACAUUCCCAUCUCCCCCUCACUACACAGCACCUGGAGAGCCUCCAUGUGCUUACCUCACUCGCAUUCUUCCUGCCCCUGGCCCAGAAGAACCACCUGAGACAGACUCUGGCUCCCGUGGUCUACGUCCAGUCAGAUUGUGACCCACCGUCUGACAGAGAUGUCUAUGUAUGGGAGCUCAUGAAACAUAUCCAGGUGGACUCGUAUGGCCAGUGCCUGCACAACAAGGACCUUCCCACGCACUUGAGGGAGUCCACUGCCAUGGAGGAGCAAGGCUUUUAUCAGAUCCUAGCCCAGUACAAGUUCAUCCUGGCCUUUGAAAAUGCCGUCUGUGAUGACUAUGUCACAGAGAAACUGUGGCGGCCGCUCAAGCUUGGCGUGGUACCAGUGUAUUUUGGAGCCCCUAACAUUCACACAUGGCUGCCGAGUAACAGGAGUGCCAUCGUGGUUGAUCCAAAUGAGCCCCCAGAGAAAUUGGCCCAGUAUUUAAAGAGGCUGGACAAGAACGAUUGGGAGUAUUUGACGUACCUGGACUGGAAGCUGAAGCAGGAGGUCUCCAACCAGAGACUUGUUAAAGAACUGCGGGAACGUCAGUGGGGUGUCCAAGAUGUCAACCAGGAUAACUUCAUUGAUGUGUUUGAGUGCAUGGUGUGUAACAGGGUAUGGGAGAACUUCAAAAGGCAAAAGAAGGGCCUGCCCUCCAGAGUCUGGCAGGCUGAAGGAGAUCAUCUCACAUGCCCGCCUCCGAAGAUGUUUGACUUUGCUACAGGUCCUCCCAAUAACUCCUCUCUGCGCCAUAUCUGGAGAUCCAGUUAUGAGCAGUCUGUGAAAGAAGCCAGAGCUCUGAGACAGCUAACACUACGGAACAGAAACUUCACAGUAACACAGUUCUGGAGGGAGGUCUUCAGUGACUGAAAAAUAUGCUCCUUGAAGUGUGUCACCUGGAUCCUUUAAGUAUUAUCUGUCUGUAUAUCUAUACAUACAUGGACCCACAAUUGUGUGUGUGUGUGUGUGUGUGUGUGUGUGCGCAUCUGUAUGUAUCUGUUAUGUAUGUAAAUAUAUAUGUACCCUGUGUUUGUGUGAGACAGGAAUAUAUAAUAUAUAUAUAUUUUCCUGUCUCACGCUUCUAGUGGGUGGAUGUAUCUCUUUUUUUUUCCCCUUCUUCUUUUUCACACUUGGGCCUGAGAGAUUGAAAGUGCUGCACAGCAUUUUUGCUGUUCCUAGACCGGGAAUGACUAUUGAUAGGGAUCUGUUGGAUCCCUUCCUCUCAGUUUCACCUUUCAGUCCCUGCUGUUUUUGCAAUGUUUCAUAUUCCUUCCUUCACUUAGAAAAGCCACGGCUGUUUUCUGCAUCUUACCUGCUAUCCGGUCGGUUUGUCACCAACUUAUCGGUCUGGAUCUAGAGGUCCCACAGGAUGUUAGGCUUACCUGCCAACAGGUUGCAUCCUGCUUCUAGGUGCUAGGUUGUCUCAAAGGCUCCUCUGCGCACCCUGCAUCUUGGGAGUUGUCUGCUGUGACAGACCUCUGCUUUGAUUGUGGUAGUGCAUAGUGCUUAAUCUUGUGCUGCCAUGAUUACUGCCUCUGUACUCUCCUUCCAGUCAUGUCCAGUGUUUUCCUGUCAUUAGUAGAAUAUACUGUAUAUUUACGGAAGUAAUAGAAUACACGAUACAGGUAAUGGCGUUACAUAAUUAGGGUAAUCAGGAUUUUAAAAAGGUAACUGAAAGUAUGGUGAUUGCUAGCAGGAUUACACUACAAUUUAACAAGGAUAACUCACUCUCUUUUUAUUUCCCCCCCCCCCUUUUAAAGUGUUAAAAACUAAUCCAAAAUUAAA